GGCUCAGGCAGGAGCUGCAGGAGGAAAUGUGGAUGUCAGUGGAGCCAUCGAUAGAGUUCAGUGGCUCAUCCGGCCGAUGUGCCUAUGGCCUGUCCUUUACACAGCCAGCGGCACGUGUCCUCUGCCUUUGACUGCCCUAGCCCGAUGGAUCGGGUACCCGCGUCGCAGCUGGAUGAACUGGAGGGGGCUGUUCAGUGCAAGAUGGAGCUGAACCUGCAACCUUCAGGAUUGCAGUUGGACACUUCAACUCCUCAGCGCCAGAGGGACAGGGAGCUGCCUGAAAUAUGGGACACUCUGCAGGGCUGUAAUUUCACUGCUGGAAGAGAAAUGAGUGAACUACUUUGUGGAACAUCUGAGAGGACCCGCGAUGGGAGGGCAGGGGAGCUGAGUGAACCCAACAGAACAGGUGAGCUGCUUGGGUCGAAGAGGAAGCGGAAGCUGCUAUUAAUCCACCAGGCCCUAACAAGCGACCCUGUGGCCGUGGAGACCCUCCGGGGGGCAGCGGUGAGCGAGGGGGGGCUGCUCACCGAUGAGAUCCGCAGGAAGGUCUGGCCGAAGCUGCUUAGCGUCAAUGUGUACAACCUGCCUCCCAAGCCAGGCAGGGCUGUCCGCCAGAACCACAAGGACUACACCCAAGUGCAGCUGGACGUGAGCCGCUCCACACACCGCUUCCCCCAAGGCAUGCGGGCAGAGCAGCGCCAGGUCCUGCAGGAGCAACUCAUCGACCUCAUCCUGCACAUCUUGAGGGCUCACCCCGAGCUGCACUACUACCAGGGCUACCACGACAUCGCCCUCACACUUCUGCUGCUGGCGGGCGAGCGCAUGGGCAGUGCGCUGCUGGCGAAACUCUCCACCCACCAUCUCAGGUGAUAUACCGUGGCUAUGUGACAUACAUGAUGUGACUGAAACUCUGAAACAAUAGAAAAUAAUGGUGAUGUUGAAGGUGGAUAGUCUUCAGAAUCCUGUAUGUUGAAGGUGGAUUCUCUGAAACAAAAUAAAUCAAUGCAGUUAUUUAAUUAUUACUACGCUGCUCGUGUAGUAUUCCUUAUUGCAUUCACUGCCACACAGUGCUACUUUAAAAGUGAUAUUGUAAAAGGAAGAUCUGCCUAUUUCAGCUGUUUAUUUUUAUCACAACUGCAUCUGAAAUGCUAGUACCACAGAAUAACAACUAUAUUUUUUGCUCAAACAUGAGAAUUGAAGUAUAGUCCAGAAGGAAGACAAGCAGUCCUUAAGCUUUUUAAUUUCAGACUUGUUUCUUAUCAACCUGAAGAUCCCGCAUGUUCAGACACGUUCCUUUCAUUAUCUUCAAUGCAGCUUCCUCCUAAGAAGGAAAACUUCUCAUGAUGUGGUUUCAUUCGGGCAGCCAGACCUUGCAUUUCUUUGUUGCACUGUUUGCAUUUUGCACAUAUGCCUGUCUUACCCACAGGUAGAGGAACUUCAUU